AUGCAUGAGGUUGCCAUGUACGCAGGAGUGGAACCAUCUGCAAACAUACAUGGUCAACUUUCCCUCACACAGUCAGCACCGUCCCAGUCAUUGAUUUAUCCAAACCAACAGUCACUUUUAGAACGCCUGGCCAAAUCCUCAUCAGGUUUUAACAGUACAUUCAACAGCAUUUCAGCCAAC